GGCAAACAAAGCAUUCAUCCAUCCAUUUGAUACCAAACCCAACUCCGGCGGCCAUUUCUUUCCACGCAAUUCUCAUUCUUAAUCUCUACAAAUACCCAAACGCCACCGGCUAUCGCCAGCGGGUGCAACAUCGCCGUCGGUUUGGUCGGUCAGUCAGUCGCCAGAGACGACGGGCACCAUUUGAAAUGGUCCUGACGUCAGUGCAACCCGGGUACCUGGCGGCCGCAGCCCACAUCACCCACGUCGCCCACGUCUUCGCCCUCACCAUCUUCAUCCUCAUCCUCGUCUGGGUCCUCCACUUCCGCGGCGGCGCCGCCCGCCUCCACUCCGACGACGCCAACCUCAUUUUCAACGUGCAUCCUCUGGUGAUGUCCUUGGGCUUCAUUCUCAUCAUCGGCGAAGCUAUAAUGGCGUACAAGAUAGUGCCGGCGGACAAGAUGCUGCAGAAGUUCGUCCACCUUCUCCUCCACCUGAUCGCGCUCGGCCUCGGGAUUUUGGGGAUCUACGCCGCCUUCAAGUACCACAACGCCGCCACCCUCCCCGACAUGGUCAGCUUGCACUCCUGGCUUGGCAUGCUCACCAUCUGCUUGUUCGGGCUGCAGUGGGUGUUCGGGUUUGUGAACUUCUGGUUUCCGGGGGCGUCGCCGGCUAUGAGGGGGUUGCUGGUGCCGGUGCACAAGUCGGCGGGGCUGGUGGUGUUUCUGAUGACGGUGUGCACGGCGGAGACGGGGCUGGUGCAGAUGGACGCGGCGCCGGGUGCGGAGUCGCGGGUCAUCAACUUCACCGGACUCUUCAUGCUGCUCUUUGCGUUUGCCGUCAGCGUCUCCGUCGCCCUUCCCAAGGUCUUUUGAUUUCGCCAAAGCAUUACGAUCUUGAAAUAUUCUUUUUUUUUUUUUUGAUAAAAAAUGUUAAUAAAAGGCGAGAGAUUGAGUUGGUGUUCUUUCUGUUCAUUGAAUUUAUCGAGAAUUUACUUUUGAUUUUCAAGCUUCAGGAGGCGCGACGGUUAAAAGUAGGAUGCAUUUUCAUGUAAUAAGGAUUUGAA